UGGCGGCACUGCGUCGGAAGCGCUCGCUUGGGUGUGACUUUUACGAUGCUCACCUCGUCUGCCGUCGCUCGGCGGUCUGACCGAAAAAAGAAGCUCACGGACGGCUUCGCGGUACCGGGGUUCAUUACCUGUGUCUAACGCUUAAAUAAUAAAUGUGUUGUUUUCGUGCGCGCUUGUGAGUUGUGUAGUGUCGUGUGACGACUGUGUAAUCAUACAAAGCUCCUCUAAUCGUGUACACACACGUUUGACUCGUGGAGGCGGAGACGAGAAGGAAACAAAUUAGUGCCAAGCCUCUAAGCACGCUGCUGCUGGUACACGACUUGCUCGUGCACCUCAUGCCGAGAAGAUUGCUGAAUAUCGGAGAGAGCAGCAUCACCAACACGAGGCAGACUUGCAGUUUGCUAAAUAACAGAGGCUAUAAUAUACAUACAGUUACACUCUAAAAUCAGAAGAUACUGUAGGACUACUAAUUACUGCUACCACUACUAGUAUGGAGGAUGGGCAUAAGAGCAUGUAAGGUUUCACCACUAACUUAUCCAAGGGUUGAACGAGCCAACACUGUGAUUUCAUACAAAUUUUAGAGAUAAGUUUUUUCAAGAGAGCCCACAAACUACGUGCGAGUCAAGUUCCGUAUUUCUACGUUUGCAAAUAGAAGGCAACGUGUAGCAUAAGAAAAUAGAUAUCAGCUUGCUUGGAGCACACGUUGGUAGCGCUUUAUCGUCGAGACCCAAGCAAGAAGAGAUAACCAACCUACACGUAAAAAUAAAACAGUACAGUAAAACAACGCACGAGGCUGUCGUGUCAAAGAAAAGAGAGCUACGAUUUUUGAUAAAGACACGCAAAAAACAAGUAGGCGGCAGGUAGUUUGACAACAGUGAGAGUAGCAAAUUACAAUCAGUCCCUGCAUAGUGAGUGAAGGAGAGUUAUGGUGCAUGAGAGCCGUACCAAGGGAACAAUGGAUGAAUGGGAUUGAGUUCAAAUUAGAUGGUGGCAGCUCUGGGAAGGAGGAGCAGCAGCAGCAGUGUCAAACAGAGUGGAGGAGAAGAAGUAGUAGGCAGAGAAGGUGAGAUAGAAGGACGGCAUCAGCAGCAGGAGGAGCAGCAACAGCUGCAACGCAGCAGUAGCUGCGUGGCAGCAGCGGCGGCUGAGCAACAGCGGCCCUCCUGGUGGCUGGAUGUCGAGGCGUCAGCGCUGGCUGUGGCGACGACGUCAGUGGCAGUGAUGGCCCCUGCUCUGACGGAAGGCGGACCUCAGAAGCCUGAGAAUUUGCUCCCAGCGCUGCCGGCCGGCGGCUUUCUCACCGCCGAGCAGGCCAAGCAGGUUUGUCUCAGUGCAUCAGUGCAUCCCUCGAAAGCGUCGAAUGCGAACGAUAAACCUACAGUUCGUAAAAACCGCGAGGUCCUGGCCCAGUUUGUCGUUUCUGCCAACGUCCAGCCAUCAAAAAUUGACGAACAGUGUUUACAAGGAAUUCCCAAGAAUCUGAUUGACGAUGUCAUUAAUUUCAAGUUCGGCAGCAGUCUCGACGGUUUGUCCGACCUGAUUGCUGUCGGCACGUCGAGGAAAGAGUCGGCGGCGGUGGCACGCGAGGUGGCCAACGGCGCUGACGCUAUAAUGAGCGACAUAUCUAUGGGCGAUGACGAUCCAGUGGAUAUGUGUUACUUCAGAACAGACAUGGGACCCAGUGGUAUUGAGCAAGACGAAACAUGCGGGAUCACCAAUUCUGCUGAGGACGUCAUUAACGCGCCCCAAGUAGAUGAUGACGAUUUAGUAGCCGUAAACGAUACCUCCGUUACCGAUGAAGAUAGACAAAUUGCUGAGGAUAUCAUGGGUUUCACCGCGGGUAUAAAUGUACAGGCCGAUGAUCUCUUGCGGGGGAUCAUGUCGCUAAACAAUGUGUCAUCGGAAGAAAUGUUGAGCGGUGACAGCCGCUUGAUCGACGGCUGUGGCGGUUUAAUGGAAAACGUUAUUCCGUCUCAAUCGACGUCCGACGAAGUGCCAGAAAUAUUUUCAGACAGCGAGGCAUUCAACUUGGCAAAUCUAAACUUGCUAAAUGACGUCGAUGUGAUGGGCCUUAUGGGAAACGACAACAUGUCCGAAAACGGCGUGGUCGUCGACCAGCACCAUAAUCAGCAACAGCAACUACUGCUGCAAGCGCAUCAGUUACAGCAACAAGAAACUACAAAACUCGCAGAGCUCACGAAGCAUCGGGUGGAAAUCGAAAGGCGACAGCACGAACUCGAGCGCAGAGUUGCGUAUCUGUUUCGCCGGCUGCGCAAGUUCCAGUCUCAGCUAGUGGGUCGGCACGCUGCUGAGGAAGCUGGACAAGUGCUCGAGCUGGCCCAGAAAAGCGCUAAAAAGUUUCUCCAUCAAGAUCUUGCCAGCCUUGGGCAGAGAGCGGGUGGUAACGCUCGUAACUUUCCUGAAAUUGUGGGCAACAUUAGUUCCUUUCUUCAAAAAGUGCAGAAGAGCUGUAAUGCCCAGAGUAAUAGUGUUGCCGUCCGAAACAGAAACUUGUGUCGUUAUUUUGGUGCCGGCUCGAGGGACAAUUACGUGAAUCUGAACGUAAAUCGGAUGCCUGCGUUUGGUGUGCCGCAAAUUAGAAUAGAUGGCGUGAAAUUGGAACAAGUUGCUGGACCAUUGGCUACCAAGCUAAAAAUUGUGCAGGAUGCCUACGACUCGGAUUGUACGGCGUCAAGUAGUGGCGGCGAAAGCUGUGAUGAAAUGCAGACUUUUAACAAUCCGCAUCAGCAACAGUUACCAAUCCUUAAAAGGGCAAGCUGGCGAUGGGCGCAGGAUCGAGCGAGCGUGGCCGCACGCUGGACGUGGCUGCACGCGCAAAUCUCGGACCUCGAGUUUAGAAUCCGUCAGCACACGGAGCUUCAGCGCCAGAUGCGCUCGACAAAGGGCCCCGUCGUGCUGGAGAUACCAGCCGUGACUGCAUCCACGUCCGCAAUGUUAGGAUCUGCACCAUCGUCGUUGUCGUCGUCGUCGUCUUUCGUCGUGGAACCAACGUUGAACGGUUACAGCGGUGUAUUGCCCGGCACGACGACAGGUCGGACGUGUGGCUUCGAGGCUGAGCUCGAGCCGGCUGCGGCUAGUUUGAGCUCAAGUCGGUGUAGGCCCUACGUCAGGCACGUGUUCAGGAAGCGCAAACUCGUGCAGCUCAAAGGCCUGCAUCUCUUCUCGAAAAAAGCUGCAAGACCUGCAAGCAUCAAGUGUAAUUGUGAUGGCAGAUUGGCGUGUUGUGCCCUCUGCACUGGCAGGAAAGAUCCGACUUUUGGUCAGGAUGUGGAGUUGAUGUCUGUGCAAGAACGACUGGCCCUCGUUGAUCCAGGCUUUCAUUCCGUGCUCUCGAUGCCUGAUGAAGUUACUGUCACUUCCCACGCCGAUGCCAUUCUACGAACUCCCGAAUGGCAGCAAAAGAUGGCACGAGGAGGUGUGCGAGGUUCGAAGAUAAAAGACAAAGAGGGAAACGAGAGGAGAAACAGACGAUCAUCCGAGCAUCGUUCAAAAUGCACAUCGAGGUUAAAAAAGUCUCAGGUCACCUCAAUAAGUUCGAGCAAACGAAGUCGGAACAACGAACGGUCCAAUCACUCGAGCGUCAAUCGGAAGCGUCCAACGAAGCAAACGCAUCAGCAGCAGUUACAGCAGUCGCAACCGCAACCGCAGUCUCAGCACCAGCAUCAGACGCAAUCGCAGCCGUUGCAGCAGCAUUCACAGCUGCUGGCUUUGCCACUGGACGAAGAGGAGGAGGAGGAGGAGGUGGUGAGCGCCCUAUCCAGCUCGAGCAAGUACUCGUCACCCGUGCCUUCUCCUCUCUUUCUUCAGCAGCAACAGCAAAGUGCUGCUGCGACACCAACGUCCAGCGUACCGCCCUCGUCUGAAAAAACUACAAAAGAGAAAUCCUCCAACAGUCACAGUCAUAGUCGUUUACGACAAAAUUCGUACGACAUUGACAAUAUUGUCAUACCGUACAGUGUCGCUGCUGCAACGAGACUCGAAAAACUGCCCUACAAAGAAAUUAUCAUACCAAAAUGGAGAAUCUGCAGUGUACCUCCGCCUGUAGAUGUAAAAAAUGGCGUUAUGCAGAAAUCCCUUCCAGACAGUGAUGUGGAAGAUGUUUCUGAAGACGCUGUCGUGCAGAGGCAUGAACGAAGUGAAAAGGAAGAGGCAAAGCGUUUCAUGAAUUUUACGCAUCUACCGUACCAGUCGCGAAUGCGCCGGGAUCGAAGACCAGAAUGCCGAUCUGAAAGCGGUGCUAACACGCCAGAUCCAAUGUCGCCUCACACAAGUGAAUGCGGUGGUGAUACAAUAUCGCCUAUAACCUCGCCACCACCGACACCCGGAAAUGCUCCAGAUUCCGAGCACUCAGACUCGCAGUAUCGAUCCAGCAGUUUACAGAAUGCGUGGCGUCGUAAGAUGUCAACGCGUUCUCAAAAAGAAGAACCGUCGAGUUUCUUCGUUGAAGAAGAACAAGAGCAGCAAGUCUUGCCAUACGAGCCAAGAACUUUCCCAUUAACUGAGGAAGAUUACCAUGAAAUGAGGAAGGAGAUGCCACACGAACAUCCGAUCGAAUCUUUGCCUGAAACAGUUUGUCAGCUGAAUGAAAACAAAGAAGAUGAAGCAGAAAUUUACUCUCAAGGAUCAGAUUCAACAGAAUCUGCAUUGUGUGACCUGGAAGGAGAAGAUCCUAACGAUCCUGAAUGGACCAUGAUGGAAGUUAGAGAAAUGGAAAAGGAGCGAAUUCGAUCUACGGUCAAAAGAUAGGAGGAGCUCGUCAGGAGCUUUAGAAAUUUUGGCUCAUAUCUCAAUUAUAAUGACAGGCAUUUGUUUUUCUAUAGAAAAUGCACUAUCUGUCGAUUGUUAUGCAUACGUCUCAGUGACAACAUUGCACUCUGUGUAAACGUAAUGAUUAAUAUCAAGUUGUAAAGUGUAUUAUAAUUAAAAAUUUUGUAAUUUUCACCAACCGUUUGCGCUUUAAUAGUUUUGUCUCGGAGAAAAAAGAUAAACAUAACUGAGAAAUCCGCUCAGAGUAGCUUUUUUUCUGUAAAAAAAAUAAAAUAAAAUGAAAAAAAGAUUUAAAAUUUUAGAAAA